UAGAGAGACUCACGCCACCAUUAGCCACCUGUCAGUACAGGUGGAGAGAGUGACUGCUGGCCAUCUGAGCCUGGAGGUUUUACUGGAGGACUCCUCUUUAACUCUUUGGGCAGUUUACUUUUCUUUCUUUCUUUUUUACCUCAAGACCUUUUUUUAGGGUUUUAUUUGGACAGAACUGAACUUUAGUCUUGCUGUUGCCACCAGCAUAUGGAGGCCUAGUCAAUGGUUACUGAAUCCCAACACUCCAGUAUUUUUUGAGGAGUGAAAGCUGUUGGAGGAGGAUUGUUUUCAUCAGUCUCAGUUCAUCCUGAGACUGAAUCCUUGAGGAGUUUUCUGUUGGUGUGGCUGUUACUGAGACACCCAUCUUCGGAUAAGCUGCGUGAUCAUGGCAGACUUCCCGUCCAAGGUUACCACAGAAACCAGCUCCCCCAACUCCCAGAGUUCUCAGCAGGGGGGCAACAGCCUCCGAGGGCUGGCCGCUAACGUCACCGUUAUGAUGGACGGGUCCUUUAUCCGAAGCAUUCCGGCCAUCCUCAUGAUUGUUGAAAUAAAAUCGAGACUCAUCAGACCAGGCAACAUUUUUACAGUCUUCAACUGUCCAAUUUUGCUUCUGGGGCUGCUCCAGUGGGCGUUGAUAGCCGGUGCCCCCUACACUUUGCUGCCAGUGUAUGGCUGGGUGAUGUUUGUGGCCGUCACUCUGUGGAUCCUCACCACAAUCCUCUUCUUCAUGAUCCUGUUCGGCGCCCAGCAAAAACUCACGUUCAUCCCCUGGCCCCUGGCGGUGAUGGUGUAUUUUGCCGGAGCCACGGUCCUCUAUCUGACCGCCUUCGUGGCCAACGCAGCAUCUGUGGACCCCUUCUACACUCCUUUCUAUCUGCGUUUCUACCAACAAAUGGCAGCAGCCGCUUUCUUCGGUGCUGUGGUGACCCUGGCGUACGGGGCCAGUGCCUUCUUCUCCUAUUUGACGUGGAAGGGAGAUGGGGGAAACGCUGCCACCAACACGGUGCCGACCUAGGACUCAAUCCUGAUCCUAGAAAUAGAUGUGUUGUGUUGUUUUUUUUCUCCCCUCAAGAUACUGUAUUUGUAGAUAGUAUUACCAAUGAGAUAAAGCCUAAUCCAGACGAAAAUAUCCUAUAUUAUACAGUACAGGCCAAAAGUUUGGACACACCUUCUCAUUCAAUGCGUUUCCUUUUUAUUUUCAUGACUAUUUACAUUGUAGAUUCUCACUGAA